AAGAUAUAUACAGAAUCCCAAAUACUUAUGAAGAAAGAAAGCCAUUGAUAAACAUACAUUAAGCUUCUCCUGGAUGUAAUUUCCUAAUUCUGUUUUAAGUUCUUCAAAGAAUAUACAAUAUAAACGAAGAUAGUUUAAGAUUUUGCAGCUGACGAUGGUAUUCUGCUCCGAGGACGUGACGACAGGGCUGAGAGAUGCUUUCACUUAUUGUUACAGAUGCAAAGGCAGAAAAGUUACCCUUUCAGAUCACCACGACGAUGAUGAUGACGACAAGCUUACAGGGGAUUUUGACUACGACCAUGAAAUUGUUGUUUUCCAGAUAAGAAGUCGGGCAAUGGAGAAACUGAGGCAGAAGCCAAGGAUAAGCAUGGAGAGACAAAUAACCUACCAAUCCAAAGAAGAAAGCGACAUCGAAAAAGAAGAAGGCAUCGAGUUUUGUUCUGUGGGAAGCAGUUUUUCGGAAUGUUGUCAUAGUGAUUUGAGUAUAGAAGGAUACAUGACUGCGAAAACCGAGUUUUCAAGGUGUUCGAGCUUGGAAGGUGUAGAGUUGGAGAAUCAAUGGAAGGUGUAUUAUGUGAAGGAACUUAGAAAAAAAUCGGUGAUUCAAGAGCUGUGUCAUUGCCAAGGAUGGCCGUUUGGUUUGGGAAGAAGAGCCGCGUUGCUUCCACCGCUUCCUAAGUCUCCUGCAGAGUCUUGGUCAUGGAGGAAACCCAACAGAGUUGCUCCAAUUCCUUUUACUUGAAUCACACACAAAUCAUUUAAAAACAAAAGAGAACGCUUUAUGUAAGGAAAACAGAACACAAAAGGCUUGUUAAAAUUGUUGGAGC